ACACCCACUCGCCCAUUCACUCACCCACACACUCACUCAACUCACGAUAAUAAAAAAGUUGAGUCGUGAAAGGUGUGGCUCCGAAACUAUGUGGUCAACAAUGGUAACUCACAAGGAAGUAAGUCUAACAUUUUUUAUUUGCAUUCACUGGAUCUGUCACUGCUGAGAUGCUAGCUUAGGGCCAUGUAUCAGGGUGUGAGUCUCUGAAGGGGGUUGGUCCAACAUAGUCGAGUCAGAGAGACACUCACAGAGCCAGCACCAUUGAGAUCGCACGCAGCUCUAGAGUUUCGUCAGAGUUUCGUUGUCGAGACUCCGGCGGCAGCGAGCGAUGGAGCUCACAGUGAAAUUCUUCCGCACGCUCGUCUUCUUUUUGGUCACGUUCUACUUCUCAGAGGUUCUGGUGCAAGCUCCAUCCCUAGAUGACAAGUUUUGCCCCCCAGGGAAAUAUAGCAGCAAGACUGGUGUGUGCUGCAAUAUGUGUAUGGAAGGGACGUUUGUCUUAAGUGAGUGCACAUCCAGUGGUGAAGAUUCAGUUUGCGGUUCCUGCGUGGAGGGUGAAACGUACACGGAAGAACAAAACCACUUGGCAGACUGCAACGAGUGCAGCUCCUGCAGUGUUGGUGAAGAGGAGGUGCUUCCUUGUAAAAGCACACGUAACACUGUUUGCCAGUGUAAGGAAGGCUACUACAGAUCGACAUACUCAGAGAAGUGUGAAAAGACAAUCCCAGGGCCAGGUUGGAUGGUGGUUGGUCUAAUUAUUACAUUGAUUUUGAUCAUCAUUGCUUUAAUUCUGUCAUUAUGUUAUUUUUACCGAAAAUGGAGAUGCAAAGUUUUAAAUGGAAGGAAUUAUGAAGAAGUCUCUCUGAUUGAUGGACUUUUCAAUGUUAGACACUGGAAGUCGAGACAGAAACUGAUUUACAAGAACAGAAAAAGGCUGCAGAGCUCCAUUGCCAAAAACCCUCAACACCUCCUCGAUGAACUGGACAGCCAGGGGACCAUCUCUCACAGCGUCUACCGAGAGGUCCAGGACACUCCCACCAGCUCUGACCGUGCGGCAAAUCUGAUCCAACAAUUUCUGAACCACGGCGAGACGGCCUGCCAGAACCUCUUAGACACCCUCCACGCAACCGGAGACAAGUAUCCGGACCUUGCAGACUGGCUGGAUUCCCUCGAACGUCAAUCCAUUGUGGUCGUUGAAGGAAGAAAUAUGCAUCUCGUCCGCAGAAAUAAACUUCAUCUGAAGCGGUGGAUCAGCGAUAACCCAGACUACCUCAUUGAGGAGCUGGAGAGUAAAUUUAUCAUUCAGAAGAACGUCUCCGACGAGGCCAAGAAUCAGCGCAAUUCUUUAGAAGUCACCGGCUUCCUACUCGAUCACAUUAUUAGCUGUGGGGAGGAGAGAUGUCGGGAAUUCCUCGAUGUGCUUAAAACCAUAAUCAGGUACCCAAAAGUUAACAAAUGGAUGAGCAUCCUCGAAAUGAAGGCGGAUCUUUACAAAGAAGAGAAUAGUUUGAAUCAAGUUGAGAAGGCGAGAAUCGUGGUCGUUGACGGCAAUGCACUAUACAUGAUCCGUGGCAAAAAGCCUGAACUGAAGAAGUGGAUUGCCAGUAACAGCUCCUCAUUUACUUUACUGGACAAGCUGAAGACGUGGCGACACAUCUCAGAGCACGUCCACUCCAAAGCUGCGGGGAUGGUCACAAUAGAACAAGCCGGAUUCCUGCUCGAUCACUUCAUUGAUGGAGGAGAGAGGAAGUGUCAUAGCCUGCUAGAGACACUCCAGGAGCUCAGAGAGCACUACCCACAAGUUGACACGUGGCUGGAUUCACUUGAAAACAACUCGCAGAUCGUGGUUGUGAAAGAGGGGAUGAGAGAAAGAAUCACCAAGAGCUACGAGGAUCUAAAACAGUGGAUUGCCAAGGAUCCCUGCGUCCUGCUGGACGAGCUGGACAGCAAGUGGUACAUCCAGCGGCACGUCUACAACACGGCCAGAGACAUCAAGGACAAGGGCGAGUGUGCCGCCUUCAUUCUCGAGCACUUCAUCAGCGGAGAUGAGGAAUACCAGAAGCUGCUGGUAGCUCUGAAAGCCGUGCAUCGACAUUACGAUGAUGCACUACGUACUUGGCUAAGCUCCCUAGGACUUACAAGGGAAACCAACAGCACCAAUCCCCCAGAGAAAAUAAUCGUGGUCGUGCCUGGGAACGCUGAGCACGUGAUCCGUGGCAAUAAGCCCGAUCUGAAGAAGUGGAUCGCCAGUGGCAGCUCCUCAUCUACUUUGCUGAACGGGCUGAUGGCGAGGGGACACAUCGCAAGACACGUCCAUUCCAAAGCCACGGGGAUGGUCGCAAUGGAACAGGCUGGCUUCCUGCUCGACCAUUUCGUAGACGGAGGAGAGAGGAAGUGUCAAAAGUUGCUGGAGACACUCCAGGAGCUCAAGGACGAAUUCCCCGAGAUCAAGCAGUGGCUCAGCUCUCUCGAAAAUAAGGCAGCGAUUGUGAUUGUGGAGGAGGGAACACGAGAGAGAAUGAUCACCAGCCGCAAAGAUCUAAAGCAGUGGAUCGCUAAGGACCCCUUGGUCCUGCUGGACGAGCUGGAUAGCAAGUGGUACAUACAGCGGCAUGUCUAUAACACGGCCAGAGACAUCAAGGACAAGGGCGAGUGUGCGGCCUUCAUUCUGGAGCACUUCAUCAGUGGAGAGGAGGAAUAUCAGAAGCUGCUGGUAGCUCUGACAGCCGUGCAGAAACACUACAAUCAGAGGCUACGCGAGUGGCUAACCUCGCUGGGUGAGUUAUGCAACAGAGAAGUCUCGAGGAGGUGGCUCAGAUGUUUUUCCGCCACCUGUGAUUCAAAUGAGGGCUUCCAUUUUCACCAGGUACUCCAAUUUCGCAAGAUGGUCCUCUGGCAAAUCCAGCAGGUUAUCAUGAGGCUGCAUUUAAUUUUAAUGACAAGGAAUCCUUGAAUAGCACUACAAUUACCCACUCGUUCAACACACCCCAAUGAAGACCCAAAGAUAGUUUCCAUGGCUGAUGAAACAUCAUAAUUGAUCUGCGCAGCCAUGAUCUGCGCACUUCUAGGUGAAGGACUUUACAAUCCAUAUCUACACCUCAUGGUCUCGCAAUACAACAACCCAUGAAGCUGAUGCUUACGAGUUGAUUUCAUCCUUCCGUCUCCACCAAUAACUUCAACCGCUGACUAUCAUAUCUUCCCACAAAGGGUCCAGUCCAAGCGUACUUUAGUGACCCUCUCCAGAGCGCUACGGUGGCUGGGAGAUGUACCUCGCCUUGUAUACAAGAGGUGGGCUCGAUGGCGACCCUGACACCUGUAUAAAACUAAAAACUACUUUUUUUAUUUUACCAGCUAAGGUCCACUGAGCUAUUUAGCUCUUUUUUAGAAGAAACCUGCCUAUAAUAAAUGAUGGCCCAACGAAAAGGUUUAUCACAUAGAAAUUUACAGCAGCCAAAAACUCUAAAUGCAUGCUUCUAAAUGUGGAGGAGAGAGAAACAUGCUCCAAAUAUACUGUUUAUACUGUA